AUGCAUGUUUUGCUAGUUGAUCAUGACGCAGACGCCCUUAACAUAGUUAACCAACUCGAAACGUUGCAGUAUAAAGUUACUUGUGUUGAGCUUCCAUAUCCUUCGAUACCAAUGCUUGCGAAUGCAAAAUUCGACGUUGUGAUGGCGAACAUCAAUUCUCCGGAUCCCCAAGUGAUGGCAGAUGAUGACAACACGUUGUUGAGGGCUCUCGAAAAUGAAGCAUCCAUUUGCAUCAAGAAGCCACCACCGGUAGAGUUUCUCAGAUACUUAUCGCAACAUGCUACGAGGGAGAAGGCAAGGAUGAUCAGGGAACAGGAUAUAAUCGCAUCCAACAACCUAGGAUCAUUAGGGGGAGUCGAGUUCCGGGAAGUGGUUCAUCAUAAAAAUCUUAACCCUAACCCUAACCCUAGAAUGAUGGUAAAUAGGAAUGGCAAAUAUAAGAGUAGAUGUAGAGGUAGAUAUGAGGAUUACAACCAAGGAUCCAGUAAUAUGAUGAGCCAAAAUGGUAAUGUGCGGAAAAAGAUGUGUACCGAAUGGACUCAAGAGUUGCACGCCAAGUUCGAGGAUGCAGCUUGGCAACUCGGGGAAGGAAGGUGUUUUCCAAAAGAGAUCUUAGAGUUGAUGAAUGAGCCCGGCUUAACCAGAAUGCAAGUUGCAAGCCAUCUCCAAGUUCGUUUUCUAAUCCAACUAGAUUAA